UUUAUGCCUAACAGCCCAGCCCUUCACGUCCCUAACCUGGCGGACGGCUGCGUUUCACUCUAGGGUGGGGCUGAGGCUUUUUAUGUUGUAUCCUCACUUUACUCACUGUCACAGUCUCUGCGCAAAGACGCACAAGACAUUUAUCGGACAGAUUUCUGCUCGCUUGCGCGCUGUUUCCUUUCGUGCACCUCGGUGAACACUCGCUGGUCGUCGGUCAUGUUUCGCUGUGGGAUCGCCUACCCUCGAUGCAGGUGGAUCAUCCCCCUGCUGCUGGUUUUCGCUAUUAUUUUUGACCUUAUCGCCAUCUGCGCACAAUCGGGAUGGGUAGAGGACGAGAACGCCAAGUCUCACUACGCCAGUAUGUGGAAGCACUGCCGCGGCAGGAACGACAAUUGGCAGUGUUGGUCGCUACAGGAUAACUCCUGGGCCCAGGCAGUCGCUGCUCUAAUGAUCAUUGGCCUAAUCCUCCUCAUCAUCGCCUUCAUUCUCGCCAUUGUGGCUAUGUGUAACAUCAACACUGGUCUUAUGAUUGCCGUAGCAGCAUUCUUGAUCCUUGUUGUGAUUCUCCAAGUCAUUGCUCUCAUCAUCUACCCAGUCAAAUUCAAUGAGCUUAUCUUUGAGGGUACCUAUUACUACACCUGGGCCUACGGAUUUGCCUGGGGUGCCACCAUCAUCUGCAUCGGCUGUGCCAUCAUCUUCUGCUGCCUGCCAAAUUAUGAGGAUGAACUCAGUGGCGCCGCAAAGGUCAAAUACAUCUAUUCUUCCCAGUAAGGAUAAAUCCCGCACAGCCACCCAGUCAUAGCCGUUUCCUGUUUUCACUCUGUGCUGCAUCCGGACUGGCCACUGAACAUUAUUACACUGUACCAUUUCACCAAAGAUUUACACUGGCUCAGUUCAGCUAAAUUUGGUCCAGCAAUGGGGAAACCACUCCUCUACCAUUCAUUAGUGAAGUUAGAAGCAAGGAGUGAUUCCUACUGGAAGUGGACUGUGAUUGGAAACCGCAUCUACUUUAAUUCACAGAUCGCUAUUUUCAAUUAAGUCAGAAUUUUUUUUUAUCAAUUUACCUGUAAUUUUUAGCUGUAAAUCUCUAACACAGUCUCAUGGCACUUUGUGAAGUAGUUGCAGAAGUGAAUCAAAGGACCAAGACACAGAGGACCAUCAAUUUUACACUUCAUUUAGAUUUUUUGUUUACACUUUUGUUUUCAUUUGCUGUUUGGAUUUAGAAAAAGUGUAUUGCUUGGGUUAAGCUACUAUAUUUACCGCAUGUUUUUUGUGUGAUUUAUAUAUCCCUUCAAAGGACAGUUUUGAAAAGUAAAAAAAAGAAAAAGAAAAAUUCAUGACCAUGUAGUCGACCCAAUAGAUCACAUUUUGUGACUAUUUCACAAAUAGACUAUGAGACUGUGCUGAAUUGUCAAUGCAAGAUCACCCAAGUGCACUCAACUUAAAGGAGGUAAGGAUUUGUCUGUAUCUCCUAGAAUCUUAAUAGAUAAGCAAUCCAGACUCAAAUAUUUUGCACAGGAUGUAAAAUCAGUCAGUAUCUUUUCUUGGUUUUGUCCAGUGUGCCAUGAUUAGUUUUUCUGUGACUUUUAUUCUGUAUGUUGCUGUGCAUAUACAAUAAGAAGGAGGCCUAGCCUCUGGAAUGGAAUCUAGUUAUACAGAAAUGUUUAUGUAGUUCAACUUUCCUGUUUGUACCUUUUUAUGCAUUUACAUAUCUAUUUGUUGUUUGUCUUCAUAAUUGUGUGUUCUAAUUUACAUAUUACCAAAGGGAUGUAACUGUGGGAGUUUGCUGUGCUGGUUGUGUUAUUAAGUAGAGCCAUUGAAGGUAAAAGUAAAAAUUAAAAGAAAGUAUGUAGGGAAGGGUUUAAUAUUCUGAGAAAUAGCUCAGAAUUUCCUGUAGAGUCAUAAAAAAAAAACAGCUUAUUAAAAUUAAAAAAAAAAAAAAAAAAAACCUUGUUUUAUGCCUUUAGUCAGAAAUCUAAUGAAAUUAUAGCGUAAACUGCAAUCACAUUUAGCAACAAGAAAAAUAAUGAACAACAGUGCAGGAAAGACUGAUACAGGCUUUUCUGCACUGAGAUCAUUUUCCCCUGAUUUUAAGGACCUUAGUCUUUAAAAUGUUGAGGUUUUUCUUAGAUUAACCUGUUUGCCUACAACAAACCCUAACACCACUUCCCGAGUAGACCGGCAGUUUGAUGAUUGCUAUGAUACCAGGGGAAAGGAGCUGUAUUCUUGUUUUCAUGACUUGGCUUCUCUCUGUCACGCUAAACUGGAAGACAGAAAAGCCUUACUCAUAAUUUUUUUUUUUAGUUUUCUCUUAUCAAACAUAAUAAAACAACUGAUAAUCGUGUUCAUAUUUUAGUUAUUGUAGAACAUUAGGGGAAUUUUUUUUUUUUAAGAUGGUCCAAGCCUCAUUCCAUAAUGAUGUCAAAAUUUUGGUGUAAAGGGAAUCAACACAAAAGAAGAUUAUUCAGUGUUUUUAUUACUGACAGAUUGCAGACAGAUCACCAAACAUGUAUUUUAAAAGGCUGUCAUAAUUUCUCAUAAUGCCACUUUGGAUGACAUUUUCUUGUUUGAUAAAAUACUGAGACAAAGUUGUACAAUCAUCUGACUUCCUGUGUGGAAAACUUGUGCCUUAGCUUCUUCAGUGUUGUGUUUCUGAAUGUUUGAUCCAACAGGUAAGUCAGGUUUUACUGACUCAUGACAACUCUGUUCAUGCUGGGACAAAAUUCAUGCCCAGACAAAGUUAUUCUGCUCGAUUAAAUAAGAGUUCUAAAGAAGCAAUCAUCAGUAACUGAUCUUCAAUUAUUGGCCACAAUCCAGUUUAAGCUUUUUUGCAUAUAAUGUAGGUUCUUUGAAGAUGUUGCUAAAUAACAACUAUCAUUUUAUAUGCUGGUUGCAGUUCUAACAUUUAAUCAGGGCUGGUUUCCUCUUCCUAACUCUAUUGCAACUGUUAAAAGUGAGCUAAAAACAUGCUUUUACUUUAGGCAUGAAUCUCUGUUUUCAAUGCCAGCUUUUAAUAUCAUUAGUAAAUGGAUGGAUGUGUGCUGUUCUAUAUGGAAUGUCUCACUGGAAAUCUCCCAGGUGGUUUUCUGCUGUAGUUUCAAUUAUUUUUCUGUGUAUUUUUAUGCAAUAAAGAGUUUUUUGGAAAGA